UCUCAGUCGCUCUCACGCACGCGCACGCUUCAUGCAUUCACAGAGAGUUACUUUAUCCUGUGGCUUGUGUAGCCAAAGCUCGCAUGACGUGAGCCUGCGCGCCAAACCCCCAUCUUGAAUUAAAUCUCCGUUCUGCGUGUUAAACUUAACGUUGUCCACAGAGCCGCGGAUUUUCCGUCCACUUUGGAGCUGCUUCAUUUACAAGCGGGUUUAUGCACUUGCACUGACGUCAAAGGAGCAGUCAUGGAUGUAUAUAACCGUCCACUCCCAGAGCUUUCUGGAAGAGCUCGUCCUCUCCGAAUCCCGGUCAGAUCUCCUGUCUGUUAGAAUUUUGAAGACUAGGGGAGCCUUCACUGCGUCCAGCAUGAAGCCACUGCCCAUCGCCAUUCUGCUGACCGCCAUCCUCCUGACCACUCACCUGCCCCUCCUCGAAUGUCGAGCGCGGGGCCUGCGUGUUGUGGACGACCGUGGAUUCAAGCAGCAGCUGGACGAGGUGCUUCUGCAGGCGGAGGACAGCGCCGUGUCUUCCUUGCUGGGAGCGAAACUCCUGCAGUACCUGCAGCAGAGGAAGCCCGAGGCGCACAGGAGCGCCACCUUCAUCCAGCCUAUUUCAGCGGGGCUGGGGCUGCGGCCGGGCCAGGGACUCGGACCGGGGCUGGGCGCCGAGGCUCCAGAGAAAGGACGCUGGCGAGAGGAUGAGGACGCCUCACAGGAGGAGCUCGUGGGCUUUUCCAAGAGAAACGAGGAGCCGCCUAUCUCCAUCGACCUGACAUUCCAUCUGCUGCGCAAUAUGAUCGAAAUGGCGCGAAUCGAAAAUCAGAGGGAGCAGGCAGAGCUCAAUCGCAAGUAUCUGGACGAGGUGGGCAAGUAAGAGGAAGAAAAUGCGCGCCCGCUGCUCCCACCUCAACUCGCUUUCCCCAGGUCUCUGCGAAGAAAUACGUCAAUAAAUAAUAUAGAACUAAACAAAAGCAAAGCACGCGCUGUUGAGAACCUUCACUGAGGAAAAACUUCUAUCCUUCUUUGGGACACUCCUCAGACAAAGUGUGCCACAUCAAUAAAUACAAAACUCUCUGUACUCAAGCCCCUUUAAACUCGUGAAAAGUGCUGAAAUGUUUCAAAAGUAUUCACGUAAACAAAAGAUAUUCCAAAAUCCGGCGUGAUAGAAUGUUUCGGUCCCAUAGGCAAGGAGUUUGGGGGACUGUUCAGCAGCAGCGGCUUGUGCGAGAAACUAAAAUUUUUAAUCACUGUUACAAUAACAAGAUCAACAACAAAAGCUCAUUUGUGGCCUUAUUGUGAUUGUAUGGGUCCCCUCUUUAGAUUCUGCCACGGUGUGUGUGUGUGUGUGCGUAGGAGGGCGUAGGAGCGGGUUUGAUAUUUUGGGAGGGGGCGCACAUUUGCUGAUAUGAAUUAAAGCUCACCCUAUAGUGACUUAGAACAACAUUUGUGGAAUUACUUUUAAUCACAAAUAAAACUUUUUUUUCUGUA